AUGCCCAAACCAUCGAAAUCAAGCACAUCGGCAGCCUCAUUGCAGGAUGGAACCAUAGUCGUCACUAGCCAGCAAAGCCGUUUCCAUGUAGAUGCCUUGGAUGCACCAACAUCAAAGGAUAUUGAUGUCAAGGACCUCACGCUGUCCGUGGGAGGUCGGGAAUUGCUGGACCACGCCCAUCUGCGAAUCGUUGAAGGUGUGCACUACGUCCUCGCUGGGCGCAAUGGAACCGGGAAAAGUUCGCUGCUCCGAGCGCUGGCAGAACGACGAGUGCCUGGUGUUCCGCGCAACCUGCGUCUGCUCUUGCUAGGCCAGACGCGCGUCAGCUCUGAUGUAGAGGCAGAAACUGGCGAAAGGGAGAGCGAUACCGUCAAGGUGCUUGAACACGUCACAAGAAGCCUUGCCGCGGCGCUGGAAGACAAAGCUCAUUCCAGCAAGAUUGUGACGACCGUGCGUUCGCUUCAACUUGCUCAAGCGAAGCAAAAACUGGCCGAAGCUCAACUCAUAGCGGCACGACGGAGUGGUGCUCGAGGCCUCAAAGCACGUCAAAUGCUCAUAGAAAAGGAGAAGGAAGUCGAGCAAGCGCAGAAACGAUAUGACGAUGGCGCGAUCGCAGAAGACGAGGAAGAGGUCACGAGAAUUGGACUUGAUAUGUUGGAAGCGACACGAUCUGCACUUGAAGCCAUGGACGCUGGCAGCACUGAGGCCCGAGCCAGAACGAUACUUCUCGGCCUGCGUUUCUCCGAGGAACAGAUUGAGAAACCUGUCAAAUCAUUGUCCGGGGGAUGGCAAACGCGCUGUGACCUCGCAUGUGCUUUGAUUCAGAAGAUGGAUAUCCUCAUGCUCGACGAGCCUACGAAUUUCCUUGACCUGCCGGCCAUCAUUUGGCUCGAAAGAUACAUUACAAAGUCGCUGGACGGGACCACUGUGAUCAUUGUUACGCACGACCGCGAUUUUGCUGAUGCAAUUGCUCACGAGGUGCUCCUUGUCCGACUCGCUCCCGCCAAAACGCUGGAGGUCUUCAAGGGCAACUUGACAGAGUAUGAAACCGAGAAACGACGACAAAUCCGCCGCAUGACCAGAAUGGCUGAGGCUCAAGAGAAGCAGACUGAACAUAUGAAGGAGACCAUAGCCAAGAAUGUCAAGGCUGCCAAACGAACGGGAGAUGACAAGAAAUUGAAGCAAGCUGCCUCGCGACGAAAGAAACUGGAGGAGCGUACUGGGCUCGAGGUUGGCCAACGAGGUGGUAGAUUCAAGCUCAAUCGAGACCUUGCGGGAUGGCACACCUCGGUGCGCGAUGGCAUCGAAAUUCCAGAGUUUGACCCGCCUGUUUCGAUAACGUUGCCGGAGCAGCCAGAACCGUUGCGUCAUUCGGGACCCCUGUUUAGUUUCGACAAAGUGUCAUUCACAUACCCCAAAUCAGGUGUAUGGACUUUGAAAGAUAUUGACUUGGUCAUGCAUCCUGGUGAACGCGUCGGUUUGGCAGGUCUGAACGGAAGUGGAAAGUCCACCUUGGUCAAGCUCUUGAUGGGAGCGGCGACGGGAGGAGACCCGAGACCGACCAAAGGCUCGAUAACGGUGCACUCCAAAGCUAGAUUCAGCUGCUAUUCGCAACAUGCUGUCGAAGAGCUAGAAAGAGUUGGGAGGCAGAAUGGGCAGACGACGGCUUUAUCUCACUUGAUGGGACUCCCUAACUGGACGGGAGAUGAGCAGGCAGCUCGAAGUACAUUGGCCAAGCUAGGUCUCCGAGGCAAUACGGUGACAGACAUUCCUCUCGCGGCUCUAUCUGGAGGCCAACGGGUGCGCGUGGCGUUGGCGGAGGUGUUUUUCAACUCUCCCCACCUGCUCAUCCUGGACGAAGUCACGACGCAUCUGGACGCGGACACGAUUGACGCACUGAUCGAGGCACUGAAGUACUGGGAGGGUGCGCUUCUUGUCAUCACUCACGACCGACAUUUUAUGCGAUGUGUGGUGGAUGGGGAGAAGCCCGUGGGAAUAGAGGGGGAGGAAGAAAGCAGCCAAGAGUCGGAUUCCGAUGCAGGUACCGCAGGGACAGUAUACCAUGUGCGAAAGGCAGGGCUUCGAAGACUGGAGAGGGGAAUGCAGCAAUACGAAGAAAUUGUUGGUCGAACGGUGGACAAGCUUGGGAUUUAG